UCUCUCAAUCAUUUCUUAAGCAAAGCAGCCAAAACUUAGCGCCAAUUCAAUGCUAUAUUACUCUCUGACUUCUUAACAUAUUCCUCCAUUACCUAAAUCCCAAUCAAACAAACACCAAACCCGGCAGAAGAAACCAAACCCAAGCCAACAACCACACAUGACUGAUCAGAAAAAUAAUAACCAAAAACAGUGGAGACUCUGUGAUUAUUGUAACCAAUCCAAAGCUUUUUUAUAUUGCAGAGCUGACUCGGCCAAGCUAUGUUUUUCAUGCGACAGGGAAGUUCAUUCAGCCAACCAACUAUUCACCAGGCACCCUCGGUCGCAGCUCUGUGACGCCUGUGACAAAUCCCCUGCUUCCAUCUUUUGCGAAACAGAGCAAUCUGUUUUUUGCUCAAAUUGUGACUGGGAAAGCCACAAGUGUUCCUCAUCUUCGUUGCAUAAUAGGAGGCCCAUAGAAGGGUUUUCUGGGUGUCCUUCUGUUAGUGAAUUGGUUAAUAGUUUUGGGAUUGAGGAUUUGGGUAGCAAAACUCUGUUUUUGAGUGAAGAGAAAGUUGGCUGUGGAGAUGGUGGUGAAGAUGAUGGGUUGUUGGAUUUGUUAAGUUGGGAAACUCCUGAGUUUUCUAGCCUUGAUGAUUUGAUUGUUUCGAGUGAUUUUGGACAUGGGUUUAAGCCCACUGAUGUUCCUCCUCUGCGUAAGAACCGUAAUGCUUCUUGUGGACGACAUAAGGAGGAGAUGCUUCUUCAGCUUCGUGAACUGGCAAAGUCAGAACCCAACCUCAGCACUGAUUUUGAAAAUGUUACUGGGUUCCUGCCACUUUUACCUAAUACUUAUAAUUCGCAGCCAGGAAGUGUGCAUACAAGUUGCAAAAAUGAUAAAGAUCCAAUUCCAUUUCCUGCUUAUGAGUUAAGUGCACCGCAGUGCUUCAGUGAUAAUGUCGAGAUGGCCAAUCAAGUAUUUCUACCUUUUUCACAAUUAAGAGGCUACACUGAGGAAAGUGCUGUUGUUCCUAAUGAACAUCUAGAUACUAGUAGGACCGCACAUGUGAAUGAUAGUCUUGAAGACCAACUACAACAUCAAAUUGCUGCUGGAACCACAUCAGCGCUUCCAAAGAUUGUUGUCCAUGAGUUAAAUAGCCAAGAGAGACACUCUGCAAUUUCACGCUACAAGGAGAAAAGGAAAACAAGAAGAUAUGAUAAGCACAUCAGGUAUGAAUCAAGAAAGGUACGAGCUGAAAGCAGGACAAGAAUUAAGGGGCGUUUUGCAAAGGUGGAGCAUUGAGAUACUGGUAAAGAACUGUGAGACUGGAAUCGCUAGAACUUGGGUCAUUUUUGAAACUAGAAAAUAUUUUCCUUCUGUUUAGUCCUUUCUCCUAGAAGCUAAAGCUUUAGAUAUACUAGGUUCCUUACUUGUAAAAUAUGAAUUUUGUAAAUAGCCUUUAGCUUUUAUACCCAUUAUAAUGAAUUGUAAGACCUAUAUAUGAUGCCUGAAGCAUUAGAUAUCAUAGCUGCACAUCAUGUAGGUUAUUAGUUAUCCUCACUUUUUUAUUAGAAAAUCUCCUUUCUUGCUGUGUAGAAUGGGGUGAGAUCCACAUCCUGUCACCAUUUUUGGACUUGUAAGUUGAUAGUUAGUGCAGAAAAUAAAAGAAAAGCAUAUGAACUAUGCAAUUUUUGGAA